AUGCACAGCGGCGUCGAAGCCCCAACUCUUGCAUUUUUGUCUGGAGCGACGGCCGAUCCUCCUUCGGUUGCCACUUCUCCUGGCGCGGAUCGCUUCGGAGAACUUCAUAUUCGUGCUGGAAGCUCCAGUUCAUCUGAAAAUUCCAAUCCUAUCCACACCCCAGCGUCUGCGUCUUUAGCUAAGCACGAACCGGCUCCGGGGCUCUCCAGUCUGUUAGCGGAAAGUUACAAUCAUGCGACAACGCAAAAUGGGCUAGAAGCUCCUAGUCCAGUAGAGCACGGUCAAACUCGAUCAGACGCACUGAGCAACGCCGCUCGCGGAAGUUUACACGCCACUGAUAGUAGUUCACCGGCACACUCUCAAUCUGCCAGUGUUAAACAACCCAAUCAGGGCGAGCUACAGCCACAAGGGUUUCAGCAUGUUGUUGACACAGAGAAACCUCGCCCGUCACUAUCAAGCUAUCGAGCAAAACCAAAACCACCCUCUUGUCAUGGUCGAGAAACAAUGCAUCGCAUUGAUAAGCAGCAAAGUGAAAACCCUGGCGAGUUGACACACGCGCAAUGGCAAUCUCUUAUUGCACUCCAUAGAAUACUUUCUCCAAAUGAACUAUGA